GUAACACCAGUCAAUUUCCACAGUUAACCGCUAGCUUGGAGGCUAACACAACAGCUUAAGAAGAUAUGUAAACAAAGACCCUAUAUCGGUUUUUACGUUUGCUCUUAGGGGAAGAAAUGGGGAAAAGAGAUAAUAGAGUGGCAUAUCUGAACCCCAUUGCUGCAGCCCGGUCUAGAGGACCGGCGCCUAAUGCUGGGCCUUCAAUUCAAGAUUACCUGAGCAGACCAAGGCCGACAUGGGAAGAGGUGAAAGAACAGCUAGAGAAGAAGAAGAAAGGCUCCAGGGCUCUGGCCGAUUUUGAGGACAAGAUGAAUGAGAGAUGGAAGAAGGAGCUAGAAAAGAACAGAGAGCGAGUACUAGGCCGAAGUGAGAAGAAGGACAAGGCAGACAAGGACAAGAAGGAGAAAAAGAAGAAGGAUAAGAAGAAAUCCAGUAGGCAUUCUUCAUCUUCCUCCUCCUCCUCAUCGAGUUCUGAUUCCUCCAGCAGCUCCUCUUCAGAGUCUGAUGAUGAGGAUGAGAAAAAGAGCUCGAAAAAGAAGAGAAAGAAGAAACGUGCUGCGGUGAAGAAAGAAUCUGACGGCUCCUCUUCAGGUUCAGAUGCAGACAGCAAGGAUUCCUCCAUGAAGAAGAAGAGGAAGCUCUCUGAGGUGGUUGAACCUGAAGUCAAGAUCGAGUCUGAGGUGAAGACUGAAGUAGAAGUGAAAGCUGAGCCUCAGAAUGACGAGAUGGAAGGCCUGGAGUCCGACGAGAAAGAGGACGGCGAUAGGACUUUCGUUCUUUUAGGAUGGAAGUCAAAUUAUGCUGAACUGGAAGGUGAGUACAAGAAGAAGACUGUGAUUGUGGAGAGGAGAAUGGAGGUGAGGAAGAUGGUGGUCGAGGAGAAGAACCCGCCCGAGGACCUGACGACAGACGAGAAGAAAGCGGCUGAGAAGAAGAGCUCCGAGGAGAGGGAGAGAUCCACAGAUAAAUCAAAGAAGAAGAAAAAGAAGAAGCACAAGAAGCACGGCAAGAAAAAGAAGAAGAGGGAGAGGUCAAGCUCGGACUCGGACUGAAGCGUUUUGAGAGACUGGACCUGGGCUGCAGGAGGGGAAUGAUCUUCAUGACAACACGGAACAAACCCAAUGAGGAAGGCAGCCGUUAACGGAGCAGGCGACUUCAGUUGGGAAGAGUUUGGGACGUCUUUCUCUGGCAUACAUGAUGGACAAGAUGGCCUCCUCUCUGCUCAGGAAUCUACGAUAUGGCCGGACUUUUUCGAAAAGCGGGAUUGGUUGGGGUGGGGUGUUGAGAGCGUUGGGCUUAUGGCCCUUGCAGGGAUCGCUUGUGUUUUUAUUUUUGUUUGUUUGUUUUUUUAGCAAUCCAAAUUGGUUUGGUUUGGUUCGGUUGGUUCGGUUGGUUGAGUGUGACUCCUCAGAACUUCACAACAACUCCAGUUAUUAUUGUUUGAUAUCAUUUGCUGCUUGUGCUCGCUGUCCAUUGAGGUACUGCUGGAACUGGGGGGAAAAACACUUGCAGCAGGACUGUAACUUUUUAUAUCAACUUUUCCAAAUUGAUCAACUUUCUAUGUAUGAAUGAUAUUGGAACUGGUGAUGGAAAUAGUAGCAAACAGUCAAAGUCACUGUGCUACCUCUGAGGUUUUGGAUGACACUAUUGCAUACAAACAGGGCUAUAAUUAAAAAACAACAACAACACUGCAUUUUAAAAAAUCUUCUUGUAGCAUAUUUUUACCUCUUGAGACUUCUGACAUGUACUUUCCCCCCCCCCUGCUGUGAUGACAACGAGCAUUCACGACAUUGUUCAGUUGGAACCGUUGGACUGAGCCACGCGAUAUGAGUUUUUUUUUUUUUGUUUCUUUUCCUCUCGCUCUCUCUUUAACACCAGUGCUUAUACAUGCAUGUAACCUGACCACUGGACUCUUGCCAGACUCACGUUCUAGUCGUCAUGGUGAAUGUAAAAGAGUGACACAGUAAUUGUAGAAGGAAGCCCGCCGCUGCCGCUGGGCCCUUCGGAGCGAGGCAAUGUGAGGAGCAUGACAGACCGAUGGAGACAUGUUUUAAGUUUCAUUAAAAGUGUUCCUGCAUCUGAAA